AUGAAUACAGCGUCGGUGGUUCUGCUGGUGGUGGCUUCGAUCGCCCUCGCCCGGGCAGCUCCGGGACUUCGUGUGGUCAACGGAGAAACGGCUACCCUCGGGCAGUUCCCGUACCAGGUGCGACUUACCUUGGACGUUGGCAAUGGUCAGCGUGCCCUGUGCGGCGGUACUCUGCUGAACGAAGAGUGGGUCCUAACGGCAGGCCAUUGCGUGCAGAUCGCCAAAUCCGUGGAAGUCCAUCUCGGUGCAGUAGACUUCGACGACCAAACGAACGACGGACGGCAGGUGCUGGUGUCGACGGAGUUCUUCAAGCACGAAAGAUACAACCCGCUGUUCGUGGCAAACGAUGUGGCGUUGGUGAAGCUUCCGCAGAAGGUGGAGUUCAGUGAGCGUGUGCAGCCUGUGAAAUUGCCGACCGGAAGCAGCGAUUAUGCCGGCGAAACUGUCGUGGUUAGCGGGUGGGGUCUGAUGGAAAACGGAGGCCCAGUGGCACAGGAACUUCAGUACGCCACGCUGCAGGUCAUCACGAACUCCGAGUGCCAGAAAACGUUCAGCCCGUUGGUGGUCCGUAAGACGACGCUGUGUGCCCGCGGUGAUGAGAAGGAAUCGCCCUGCAACGGUGACUCCGGUGGUCCGCUGGUGCUCGCCGAGGAUAAGACGCUGGUCGGUGUGGUAAGCUUUGGCCAUGCGUUGGGCUGUGAACGUGGCUUCCCAGCUGCUUUCGCUCGCGUCACUGCUUUCCGUGACUGGGUGAACAAGCAUACCGGUGUGUAA